UUAUUGAUGUUAUUAUUUUAUGUAUUCUGUUUGCUUUCCCAAAAUAGGAAAUUCGACCAUAUUUUGUCUUCCAGAAGUGUCUAGUCUGUGAUAUUAUAUUUCGUGGUAUCUUUGUUAUUAUUUUUCUGGAAUUUUGGGUGGAGAGUGGAGCCUGUUUCAAGAUUAUCAUCCCUCCUCUCAUUUUACUGUUGAGGAGAAGAUGGUGACUAGAAUCGUGGAUCUUCGGUCAGACACAGUUACGAAGCCAACGGAAGCCAUGCGGGCUGCCAUGGCAAGUGCUGAAGUUGAUGACGAUGUUCUAGGCAAUGACCCUACUGCUUUUCGCUUAGAAGCAGAGAUGGCAAAGACAAUGGGCAAGGAAGCUGCCCUUUUUGUUCCAUCCGGCACUAUGGGGAACCUUAUAAGUGUACUUGUUCAUUGUGAUGUCAGGGGAAGUGAAGUUAUUCUUGGAGACAAUUGCCAUAUCUAUAUUUAUGAGAACGGCGGCAUUGCAACUAUUGGAGGGGUGCAUCCAAGACCAGUGAAGAAUAACGAUGAUGGAACCAUGGACAUUGAUUUGAUUGAGGCUGCUAUCAGGGACCCAAGGGGGGAGUUACUGUAUCCAACCACCAAGCUUAUUUGCUUGGAAAAUACUCACGCAAACUCUGGUGGCAGAUGCCUCUCAGUUGAAUAUACAGACAGAGUUGGGGAUUUAGCUAAGAGGCACGGACUGAAGCUUCACAUUGACGGAGCCCGUAUUUUUAACGCGUCAGUUGCACUUGGUGUUCCGGUGAAUAGGCUUGUCCAAGCUGCUGAUUCAGUUUCCGUUUGCCUAUCUAAGGGUAUAGGUGCUCCAGUUGGAUCUGUUAUUGUUGGUUCCAAGAAUUUUAUUGCCAAGGCUAGACGACUCCGGAAAACCCUAGGAGGUGGAAUGAGACAGAUUGGUAUCCUUUGUGCUGCAGCACUUGUUGCCUUGCAGGAAAAUAUUGGAAAGCUAGAAAAUGAUCACAAGAAAGCUAGAUUUUUAGCUGAUGGAUUGAGGGAACUUAAAGGACUGAGAGUGAACAGCCUUGCUGGGGAGACCAAUAUAGUAUUCAUUGACAUUGAAGAUGGUAUGCGGACUGGGGCAGAAAAAAUACGCAAGUACUUGGAAGAACGUGGUAUCCUUGUGAUGCAGGAGAGCUCAUCCAGAUUGAGAGUUGUUCUCCACCACCAAAUAUCUGCAAGUGAUGUGCAAUACGCCUUGUCAUGCUUUCAGCAAGCUGUUAAGGGAGUAGAAAACGAAAUGGGCGACUAGUGGAAGAAUUUAAACUUGUUACCUUGUUGACAUAGUAGUAGUAAUGAAGAAGAAAUGCCGUGUUCCCUUUUCCUUUGCUCAUUUUAUUUUCUUUUAUGUACUACCCUAAAGGACACACAUGGAUUUGCAUCUUUGAUGCCGUUCCCUGUCAUCAAUUAUUUUUACUUCUGUAGUA